AUGUCCAAGUCAUGUAAAGUUUGUGUUCUUACGUCCAUGCUUCAGUCCGCUGAGUUAAUUCUGAUGAGAGCCAGUGCAUGUGCAAGCCUUCAUAAAACUGAACAGCUGCUCUCCCCUGUGGGAGUCAUUAGCAGCGAGGCUCAUCCUUUUCUGACUUCAAUGCAUAUCUGGCUGCCUGCUCCCAUAGAAACUGAGCUGGAUAGCAGGAAAGGAGACAGGGAAAUACCCGAGCCUGCCACAGACUUUGAUGUGUCGUGGGAAAGUCUGAGACCAGGGGCUAAAGGAAAGGGGAGAGGAAAAGGUUGCUCCGAGGGUCGGGGAAGGACACGCUCAAGGGGUGAGGGCAGCAGGUUGAGGUCCAGAGCUCCUUCAAGAAGACCAGGGUGCCGGGGUAGGCAGCGAACAGCUUUCAGAGAAGAGGACCGAGACCGGCUUGCACAGCUGAGAGCUGCCAGUAUAGCUGAGAUGCAGACAGCUUUACAACACCUGAGCCAGGAGGAGAGAGAUUAUAUUCUCGAGAGAGUGGUGACCCGUCUUCCAGGGGUGAUGCUGGAUAUCCUGGAGUUUCGGCAAGAUACGCCGGGACACCAUCUUCCUGACUGAGGGCACCCUAACCCAAAAAUCCAAACCGUUUAUCUACAACUACAGUAGUUCUAAAACAGCACAAUACCUCAAAAUAACUUUAGCUGAAGACAGCAUUUUCACCCAAAAAUAAACAAACAGUUUGUGCAAUAUAUUUAUUUUUAUUUAUGUACAAAAAGUUCUGUUAUUUACAUUUGUACAUAGUAUUUUUUUCUUAAUUUCUAAUAAAUCUGUGUGCAUGAAAGAAGUCAUUCCUGUCUUUUGAUGCUUCACAUAGCUGGGGCCUUUAUGGAGAGAGGAGAACAGCAGCAUUAGAUCAUACAUAGAUUACAUGAGAAUGCAGUUCUGGAAACUCUCCAGUUCUGAAGUUGACCUGUAAAAAAAACAAAAGCUACAACUUUAUAGAUUAUUAGGAAUCACACUUUUGAUUGCCUUUUCACCCACAAUUGUCAUUUCUAUAUGUAAAUUGUCAGCUUUGAUAUUGACACUUUAGCUCUUUUGCUAAUGAAAAUGUUAUUAAUAUACCUAAAGAUCAGAUUGGUGACAUCCUUCAACCAGCGUCUGUUGAACAUGAUUCGUUGAAGAGCCUCGUGUGGUGGAGAUCAUGGUAACAUGAGCUCUUUAUCACUGGUCGUUGCAUCAAGUGGUCCAUGGUCACAUUUGCCACGGGUCCAUUCAUGCUUCCCUGUGACAUGGUGAAGCACACCCACCCACAUGUCCUAACAGAAAAAAUAAGUUUUAUUUGAAAACUUUACACGUGAUAGAAGCGCUCACCAACAGAAACACGAGAGCUGGCACUAUUAUGAAAAGAAAGGUAAUUAUGUCAAUGUACAUUGUUGUCUUGUUGUCCAAAAGAUGUCACAAUACUUACAUUAAACAUAUCAUGAUGUUGUGCUUUCUGGCAAAUGUACCAAAAUUGGUUGAAGAUGUCAUUCAGCCACACAAGUAGGAUGGAAAUUCCCUUUAGGAUCCCAGCCUGUGAACAAGGAUAAAACAACAAUUCCAUCUUUUAGUUCUUUUUAAAACAUAGAAGGGUUUUAUUUACCUGCAACGUUUUGUUUGCGGCUGCAAACUUCGUCAGCCUGACAAAGUUUUCAUAACAGUUCUAUUCUGUUAUGAAAACAAUA